GGGGCGCCCCCGGCUCUGAAGAGUCCCUAGGGCGGGGAGCAGCUCCAGGCAGCGGCGCCGGAGGGAGAGGAAGAAGGGACUGUGCCCAGCCUGGGCGGCCCGGACCCUCCCCGCAGCUUUUGGAGCCGGGGGCCGCCCCGAAGUCUGCGCUUGGCACCGCCGCUUGAGCUAGGGCAGCGCCUGCUGGGACCCCGACCCGGACCCUCUGCGCCUUGUAGGCGGCGGCGGCGCCGCCGCGCCACCCAGCUCUUCCGCGGUCCCCCUGUGUUUGGCGGCAGUCACGGCCAAGAAAGUAUUAUGAGGGAGGCCGAGGACCCCGUGCUCCGGGCAGAGAAUCGGCGCUGGGAUUAGGGGUUGUCACUUCUGAGAGGAUGCUGGGAAUCUGCAGAGGGAGACGGAAAUUCCUGGCUGCCUCGCUGACUGUUCUCUGCAUCCCAGCCAUCACCUGGCUUUACCUCUUUGCCGGGAGCUUUGAAGAUGGGAAGCCGGUGUCCCUGUCUCCGCUGGAGUCGCAGCCGCACAGCCCCCGGUACGCGGCCGCCGGCCAGCGGGAGCGCGAGAGCCUGGAGGUGCGCGUGCGCGAGGUGGAGGAGGAGAACCGCGCGCUGCGCCGGCAGCUCAGCCUGGCGCAGGGCCGCGCCCCAGCCCAUCGCCGCGGCAACCACAACAAGACCUACUCCAUGGAGGAGGGGACCGGGGACAGCGAGAACCUCCGCGCGGGCAUCGUGGCGGGCAACAGCUCGGAGUGCGGGCAGCAGCCGGUCGUGGAGAAGUGUGAGACAAUCCACGUUGCUAUUGUCUGUGCCGGAUAUAACGCCAGCCGCGAUGUCGUCACCUUGGUCAAGUCUGUCCUGUUUCACAGACGGAACCCUCUCCACUUCCACCUCAUCGCCGACUCCAUCGCAGAGCAGAUCCUGGCGACGCUCUUCCAGACGUGGAUGGUGCCCGCCGUACGUGUAGACUUCUACAAUGCGGACGAGCUCAAGUCUGAAGUUUCCUGGAUCCCCAACAAACACUACUCUGGCAUUUAUGGUCUAAUGAAGCUCGUCCUGACCAAGACUCUCCCUGCCAACCUGGAGAGGGUCAUUGUCCUUGACACGGAUAUCACCUUUGCCACUGACAUUGCAGAAUUGUGGGCCGUGUUCCACAAGUUCAAAGGUCAGCAGGUCCUGGGCUUGGUAGAGAACCAGAGUGACUGGUACCUUGGAAACCUGUGGAAAAAUCACCGUCCUUGGCCUGCCCUUGGAAGGGGCUACAACACAGGUAAAUCUGCUUCUGGAUCCUUCUGCCCUUUCUCCUUUAUCUUCUAUUGCCACCGCUUUGGAACCUUGCUCUUGAAGGAUGUAGAUGUGUGGCCUGUGUCAGGAUCAAAACUUGGAGCUCAGGGGGCAGUAGGUUUGGUCAUUCACUGGAACUCCCCCAAGAAGCUGCGGGUGAAGAACAAGCACGUGGAGUUUUUCCGCAACCUCUACCUGACCUUCCUGGAGUACGACGGGAACCUCCUGAGACGAGAGCUGUUCGGCUGCCCCAGUGAAGCUGAUGUCAACAGUGAAAACCUCCAGAAGCAGCUCUCUGAGCUGGAUGAGGAUGACCUGUGUUAUGAGUUCCGGCGAGAACGAUUCACUGUCCACCGAACUCACCUGUACUUCUUACACUAUGAGUAUGAGCCCGCUUCAGACAACACGGAUGUCACCCUGGUCGCUCAGCUCUCCAUGGACAGGCUCCAGAUGCUCGAGGCCAUCUGCAAGCACUGGGAGGGACCCAUCAGCCUGGCCCUCUACCUGUCGGAUGCCGAGGCCCAGCAGUUCCUCCGCUACGCACAGGGCUCCGAGGUGCUCAUGAGCCGCCACAAUGUGGCCUACCACAUCGUGUACAAGGAGGGCCAGUUCUACCCCGUGAACCUGCUGCGCAACGUGGCCAUGAAGCACGUCGGCACACCCUACAUGUUCCUGUCAGACAUCGACUUCCUACCCAUGUACGGGCUCUAUGAGUACCUCAGGAAGUCUGUCAUCCAGCUUGACCUUGCCAGCACCAAGAAAGCGAUGAUUGUCCCUGCAUUCGAGACACUGCGCUACCGGCUGUCUUUCCCCAAGUCCAAAGCGGAGUUGCUGUCAAUGCUGGACAUGGGGACUCUCUUCACAUUCAGGUACCACGUCUGGACAAAAGGCCAUGCUCCCACAAACUUCGCCAAGUGGCGGACUGCCACCACGCCUUACCGUGUUGAGUGGGAAGCUGAUUUCGAGCCAUAUGUUGUUGUGAGAAGGGACUGCCCUGAGUAUGACCGGAGGUUUGUGGGCUUUGGAUGGAACAAGGUGGCUCAUAUCAUGGAACUGGAUGCACAGGAAUAUGAAUUCAUCGUGCUGCCCAAUGCCUACAUGAUCCACAUGCCUCACGCCCCCAGCUUUGACAUCACCAAGUUCCGGUCCAACAAGCAAUACCGCAUCUGUCUCAAAACCCUGAAGGAAGAGUUUCAGCAGGACAUGUCCCGCCGCUACGGCUUUGCCGCCCUCAAAUAUCUCACGGCUGAGAACAACAGCUAGCACCAGGAAACCCACCCCUAGGGAGAGACCUAUUCUGCAGGGGAAAAGCCACUUUGCUAUUUGGGGCCCAGCCUUCAAACUCAAAAUUUGAGCAAUGCUUUUUUGGUUUGUUUUUAUUUGUCUCUUUGGCCCAACAAAGCCGCCCACAUUACAGAGAUCUGGGACAAGGAUCCAGCCAGCUCCUCUCUGCUCCACAAUCUGGCAUUCCCAGAAUGUGGAAGAGUAGCUCAUCGACACAGUCUCUUCAAGAACGGGACACAGGGGUGUUAGAGGGAGCAAAGGGGUUAUCCUACUAAAAAGCCACAAAACCGAGCUGGUCUUUAGGGAUGUUCUUGUUGCUUUUUAAGAAAGGGAAGUCAGGGUGCUGGGGGUUAGCGAUCCCAGAAAAUAAAGGCAAAACUGUCUUUUUGUCCAGAGGAAACUUUCUUUUGUGUCCUGCAAUCUAGCUGUGUAUCCAAGGUGGGGGCCAUCCAAUGAUCUGAACCAACCAUGUGGAAAGACCCAGUGGGGACAUUAUACCUGGUGGGACCUGGAGGUGGGGUGGGUUGGUUCUUUAUCCUCAAGGUCGCUCUUGUUUUGCUUUGAUUUGUUUUCCUUUGAGGGGAUUUUGUUUGUUUGUUUGUUUUUGGUCUGGGAAUCCAAAAUUGAAAACUUGAUCUUUUAAGUCUCUGAAAGAGAAUCUGCUGCGUCAACCAACAUCCCCUUAUGAGCAGUGGCCCAGCAAGGAGGACAAGAGUCUUCAGCCAGUAUUUAAACAUGGGCAGCCCUCGUCAGGAUUCUCACUGAGGCCCCCGUGACCUUGAAUUCCCUACUCUCCAGAAUCCAGGGGCUAAGACGGGGACUGUGGAAAUAGGAAGACCAUCCCGUCUACAACCAGUCACAUUUUCUAUUGGCAGUGACCGCUUCCUGAAGAAAGGGCUCUGAAGGGGCUGCUUCGGUGCACAUGAAAGGUACGAACCUCCCAGGCCUUCAGAAGAACUUUAAUAGUUCACACAUGCCCAAUUCCGAAGAUUCACAUGUCCCUUUGGAGACCUUGAGGAAGAAUGUGUUGGGUUCCUCCGACUCCGACUCCGUGCUGCUUCGCUGCGGGUGGGAGGAGGUCACAGCCUCAGGCUCCCUCUGGGACCUGUCCAGAGGGCAGGCAAGCACCUUUACCAUUACAAGGAUUGAGGAGACGCUGGACUUUUUACCCAUUUUCUUGAAUCUUCAAUAUUAAUGUUGUGUUUACAUUGAUGAGAACAAAAGUCCACGCCCUCCUCUAGGCUGGGCUGUUUGUAUUGAGUUGCAAUGUGACCAGCGAACGCUGCAUUCAAUAAACGAAAGUACGGACUGUGUCUCCCCCGCUCCCUCCCUCCACUCGUGUAAGAAGCUGCAGAGGGUAGCUCCAGGGUAGAGAGCAAGAUCGAUAAACAGCAACUUUACA